AUGACCGCACCGGAGGAGACCGCGGCGCGGCCCCCGCAGGACGUCGACACGGCUCCGGUCGACGACGCGGACGAGACCGCGCGCGCGGAGCUCGCGGGAGCCUUCGAGAUGGCAGAGAGCCUCAUGAGGGAGCUGCAGAUGGUGGGCAGCAUGCUUGAAUCGCAGGAGGCGACGGGGCGCGACUUGGAGGCGCUCAAGGACGAAAUGAACAAGGAGCUCGACGUGCUCAGGGACGACGCGUGGCGGUACGAGGAGUGGACGGACCUCGAGGCGAUGAAGCGCGAGCUGAUGCUCGAGGCGCUCGAGAUGGGGAUCCAGAUGGACGAGGAGAUCAAGGAGAUGCAGGCGAACCUGGAGCGGGCGCGCAGGGAGCGCGACGAGUCAAGGCACAAGCUGGCCGCGCUGCAGGCGGACAUGAUGGCGUUCGAGGCGGAGAUGCGGGCCGCGCUGGAGAAGCACGCGGAGGAGGCGGCGGCGGCGCGGCGCGGUGGGGCGUCGGGGGAGGUAGUGCAGGAGCAGCCCGAGGCGCCUGCGGCUGGCGGCGAGGAGGCGUGA